AUGGUGACCACAAGAAACAAAAACUAUACCUACGACAACGUCCCCCAGGAACAAGGCGGAAUGGGGACAGCAACAGAGACACUCGAUGAUCGGCGAGCAAGACAGGCGCGUCUUCUCCUUUCGAAACACUACGAGCCCGUCAUCUCUGAGGUACUCAACGAAGAGAUACCCAAGUACAAGAAUGGCACUACCAUCAGUGCAACAGACCGUGUGAAGUAUAUACGAGAAUGCGCACGAAUACUCGCUUCAGAACCGCCUAUCCUACUAGCGGCAGUCGACGGCGAUUUGGUGCGCCGCAUGCGAACUGAUCCUGAUCUGAAGCGAGAAUACGAUCUCACCUGCAAGAAUGCAGCAAAGCAGCCGUCCAUAUACAUACACCAGUUCGCAGACCUGAAUGGUAUUCCGCCUACUCCGAAUCAAAUGCUUGUCAUCUGCAAUUGGAUAGCCGACUACAUAGCCGAUGAUCUGGCAGAAGGCAAAGCUUCCGAGCACUUCUGGCAGAUAGACAACCUCUCCCCGGGAAGACCGCUGAUUAACCAGCAGAACUCUGCCAAGGGUUACCGUAAGUAUCUCUACACGACACAUUCCAGUCGAUCAAAGAAGCGUGUCGGUACCCUCGAACUCUUCUGUCAAGGUACCCAGAAACGUUGGCAGGAGACGCCAGCAUCACUACGCGAUACACCCCUUCGAUAUCCUCUUGGGGAGUGUGGAUAUUCUGAGAACUCUGAAAACCGUCUGAAAGAGCACCGCCAGCGGAAGUCAUCCAACUACAUAAUGAACCUAGUCGAGGACAUAUCCACCCACCUCCACAACAUCGGCAUGUUUGAACAACACUUCACAAUGCACCAGUAUAUUGUCUAUCUCAUCGACCGGCGGGAACAAGUGGAGAUCGCGGAGAUCUUUUGCUCCGCAUUACUUCGAGUGUGGGUGAGUAGCGGCGGUGGUUUCAACUCGUACCCUGCUGGGCUUAGCGUCAACUCUUCGAAGAAGGUCAGCAAUAUUGACUGGGCUUCGUAUGAGAUGAACACCACCUUGCACUCCCCCAUCACCGAAAAUAUGAGGAUGCAGCAGCUUAGAGCAGAUGAAUACCGACAAGCACUGGAGUGGACGAAUGACGACACUGUAGAUUCGGAGACGAGAGAGCCAGCAAGCCAGGAAGAAGAGUGCAUAACAUUCGAACACCCCCGCUCCUACCCUGCCGCCCUGCUCAAGAAGCGCCACUCCCUCCCCUCCCACCUCCACAUCUUCGUCGAACGACCAAGCCGACAUGCAAUACGCUCAUCAAGAGACUUCAACUACGACGCCCUCAACAAGUCCAGCAUCGAAGCCCACUUCCAGCGCAACGUCGCAUCGAGCUUUAUCUCAUUGUACGAGAGCAAAGCCACUGCCUCGAGCAAAUAUCCUCACACCGACAAAGUGGGACAAAAACCGCGAUCAUUCGAUGCCGCUGAAAUGUCUAUCCACACCAGUGGGCUGACAGCGGCAUGGGUGACCGUAGACAAAGACGUCCGUCUUCCAGUAUGGUUUGACAAGAACAGACAGGAGUCCGACAACGCAGACGACGAAGAGGUACUGUGGUUUUGCCUCCAAGAGCUGAAAGCAGUACUACAAGUCGAUGAGAAGCUUGGGGAGAAGGACGAAUGGCUUGCCUGUGGGUUCAUUCCCGAAAGUAGGGUUGUCACUCGUCACGAUUCAUCGAAUGAGGAGUACCCAGAGGGGGUAGUCAACGACAAGGAAAUAGAAGAGGCUUAUAGACAGGCUCGCCGCGACCGCCAACGUAUCGAAGGGGAGAGGCUUCAAGUCGACGUGCCGGAAUGUGAGCACAGACUCAAGAAGACGCUGUCUUCGGGCUUCUUGAAAGCCCCUCAGAUCCCCAGCCGGAAAAGCUCUCUUGUGUCGCUGGAUGGCAAGGCUGUGAGCCAGUCCAAGAAGACAGUUAGCGGGGCUUCAAAGCUUCGCGUAGAUACGCGCGACGUGUCGGUCUCGCUGACGAAUGCGGAUCCACGGCGCGCAGCGUCGCUGAUGAAGUAUGCGUUGUUGCUGGCGCAUGAAAAGAGGUUUGAAGCCGAAGAGUCGUGGCUUUCGGAGACGACUCGUUUGGCUGGGGGUGUAGAUCGGGGGGAUAGUACGAGGACAAUCGAUGAUGUGGGUCGUAGAGAGAGGCGAAGCGGGUUUGUAGAGCGUCAUAAUGAGGCCUACUUGACGCCGCCGCAAUCACCAAUUACCUCAUCUGGACGAAGGGGCAUGCAUGAGCGAAGGGGUCGUAAUGGUGCUGAUAAUCCAGUCAAACGAUACGAAAUCGCUCGACAAGAUGAUGAACAAUCAGUCCAGGAAAGGGGAAGACGUAUGCGUCGCUCUGCCGCUCCAUCGCCCUCGCAGUCUUUGCUAGGACAUCAUCUUGAAGGAGGCAACGCGUCUUCGCUUCGACCGCGUCUUUCGCGCCGUGAGCUCCUCUUGGAGCUGCAAUCAGACGAAGACUCUGUUCUACGAGAGUACGCAAGAGUCAGUCUGCAGGAUCCCUCUUCCCACCACCACACCCGGCACGACACGCCUAAUGGCGCACCCUCAACAUCGACGGCCCCGGGAACCCAGCAACCACCCAACCACACCGCCCAGAGUGCAGGUAACGAUGAAUUUAGCCCACCAGAUGAAUCGGUCUACUCCACCAUGUCGUCUCUCUCCUCCUUGUCCGACCUCGCGCAUGCUACCAUCGAGGAGGCCACGUACGCUACCGUCCAUCCUGGCUCCCAUGUUAGGGAGAUCGAGAUACGGAGAAGGAAGUCGAGGCCGUCGUCUGCGGAGGCGAAGUUCAGCGAAGAAGAGGAGAGAGGGAGGAGUAGGAACGGACGGCGACAACGAAGAGUUUCGGGGGUGGCUGUAGAAGCACCAGCGGAAGAGGACGUAGAACCUUUUCCUACUUUUGAUCCGAUCGUACCGGGUCACGUACAGCUUUCACGGUCUGGAAGCAAUGUUUCUGCGGUUGCUGUUGUUCCUUCGGCAUCAACACCGAUACCUCCACCAGUGGUCUUGAAAUCCGAAUCUUUCUUUGCUAGAAGGAAGAAACGGUUCGAGAAGGGCAAAGACGUUUCUGAGCGUUUAGCAGAGGCACAGGAAAGUCCGGCUGCAACGAAACCAAAGGUCAUGAAGGAUCUCUUGGAGUUUGCUGGGUGGAGGUCUGGUGAUAAGAAAGAUGGGUCGAAGUGA